CCCGGCCCGGCGGGGCAGCGGCGGCGGACGGGGCAGGGCCGGGCCGGAGCCGCGCAGCGGCGGCAGCGCCAUGGGGCUGGAGACGGAGAAAGUGGACACCCGCAUCUUCAUGGACGACGACGACAACUUCCCGCGGAGCGGCGGCCCCGCGCUGUCGGACACGGAGAAGUGCGCGGAGGACGAGCUGGACCGCGACCCUCACGGGCUGAACUCCCACCUGCAGCUGGGGUUCGAGGAUGUAAUCGCGGAGCCCGAGCUCACCCACUCCUUCGACAAGGUCUGGAUCUGCAGCCACGCUCUGUUUGAGCUCAGCAAGUACGUAAUCUACAAGGUCCUGACUCUGGUCCUCGCCAUACCGAUGGCCCUGGUUGUGGGGAUCGUCUUCGCGACGCUCAGCUGCCUGCACAUCUGGGUUGUGGUGCCUUUUGUGAAAACCUGUCUCAUGGUCCUGCCUUCAGUGCAAACUGUAUGGAAGAGCCUGACAGAUGUUUUUGUUGUACCAUUCUUUCAGAGCCUAGGCCGCUGCUUUGCCAUGGUUAAUAUACGCCUGGACCAAGAGUAAACAUCAGAGAUGUGACACUGCUGUAGUUCUAGCUGGUGUUAUACUUCUUUGCUAACCUAACAUACAAGCACUUACCAUUCAUUCCAAACUGUUAAAUUACAAUGGCUGGUUUAAGUGGGAACAUGCUGUUUUUAUUAAAACUCAUUUAUUAUCAGGGAGAUCCAUUUAAGAAUUAGUAGGCAGUUUUCAUAGCUCACUAUUUUAACAACAGAGUGAUCGUGGAGUAUAUUGGCAACACUUUAUUUUAAUGGUAGGUUGAUUGGUAGAUUACAGGAGAAUUCUCAUGGAGGACUAAAAGCCCCCAUAGUGAUAAUGAGUGGUGUUCUUACUAUAAAUAAAUAAAUGAAUAGGCUGUGAUACCUUAGACAAAACUGAUCUCUAGGGUUUCACACUGACUUUAUUGCAGUUCCACCAGGGAUCAUUUUUGGCCUCACUAUGCAGAAUGAUAAACCCAGUCCUCUAUUAUCAGCAGUUAAAGUGAACGCGACUCAUUGCAUAAACAUACAGGGAAAGGAACUGUUGUGUAAUUCUCCUAUAUGGGAGGGGGGGUGGGAAGGGGGAAGCUCCCUAGAAGUUUGUCCCUUAAAAUAAGGUGUUAGCUAAUGAUCUGUAACAUUAGCUAAUCUGUAUAUUUUAUUUAAUGAGAGAUUAAUUUUGCUGUAUAUUUUGUACCUUUGUAAAUGACAGUUGGUCAGGUUUCUAAGAAGCAUAGUUUCUCUAGUAUUUGAAUUCUAACCAACUUAUUAAGCAGCAAGAGUGAGACACUGCAAAAAUUAUUUUAGAUAACUAAAAUUUCCUUUUCUAAAUUAAGUAGAUUUUGAGUGUUGCUGUGCAAUUCUAAUAUAUUAAUUAUAUAUGAUUGUGUGUAAAAGCAAAGAUUAUAAUUGUUUUUAUACACGAUUAUGAAAAAGACUUGGAAAUAUCUGUUUAUGAGAAAUGUUUUUUAUUAAAAAUUGGGUGUAAUAAAUGCUACCCUGCCUAUUUCUGUAUAUUAUUGGUGCGAACAUUGUGAUAUUUAAAGCAAUAGACACUAUGCUAGCACUAACUAGGUAGCAAGCUCUUACAGAAGGCAAAUGAGUGUACUUGGUAUCCUUGUCUAAUUCACCUAACUAUUGACUUGACUCUCUCUGUUGCUUAUUUAGUAUUUCAAAGCCUAACCCCUGAAAAAGACCUUCUUUCUUCUGCAUGUCUAAUAUGACUUUUUAAACCAGAAUAACAGAAAAUGUGCAGAGGUACAUUAAAAUUGCAUUAGCCUUCUGGUGGGCUUAUGCUGCUGUUUUAUUUAAAUACAGAUGAUAAAUUGCAAUUGUAAAAUGUUUGUAUGAUUUAGAAUGUUAUUUUCUAAAGUGUCUCAAAUUUCUUAUCAAACAAGAGAUAUCUAAUAAAAUAACAAAAUAUCCACUGUUUCCCAUUUUCAACUUCAUUUCUUUUCAGAUUUUUCAGCUUUUAAACAAACUCUUAAAAUGCCAAACACCAUAGAAUACUGUGCAGUUCUUCCAAAAUAUCUGAGAGGUAAGGAAAUGGAUGAAUAUCAACAUAGUUCCCCUAUUAUCAACUGCAUUUAAUGUAUUUAUAGUAGAAAAUUACAUAUCUCAGUGUGCAACUAAGCCCAUACAGAAUGAUUGCUAUCUCUGCAGAAUUUUGGCAACAUUCGAAAUAAUGCUUAAUUCUUUUUACAGACGCACACUUUCUUUACAGAUGAGCUGCAGAAUUUUCCUUUUCUUGUCUGUUGGCCUAUUAGAGCUAGCUAGAUAUUCUUUGUAUAUUAAGAAUAUCUUUGUAUAUUAAAAGUAAUUUUAGCAUUUGUGCCAUUUAGAGAGGCAUUCAUAUGGCUUUAAAAAACUGGAUCUUAAUGAUUAGUGCCCAUGGAAACUGCUCUUGUUCAUUUUUAUUCUGCAAGAAGUUAGCUUGUUUUUCAGAUGUGUUCUUCAAAAUACCUUUCUUGUGUUAAAAAUGGAAAUAACUCUUUUGAAAAUAAAAAUUGGCCAGGCUAGGCUUGAACUCUUUUGAGAGUUAUUUUCUUUUACAGCAUCCAAGAACUUUUACAAAGAUAUUUUCCACUGAAAAAUAUCCUCUUGAUGAAUUCAUUUAAAAGAGAAAAAGAAAAUAAAUCAAUCUACUAGCUCUUGUGUCUAAAAGGAGCCCUAUAAAAACCUCAGCUUUGAAGGAACCCAAGUCUGCAUUUUAAGUUUUGAGAAUGAGGCCAUUCCCCAGAGAAAGAUGUAUCAUUUUAUGGUAUGCAUUCCUGGAUAUAUAUUUUAUGUUUUAUGGUAUGCAUUCUUAAAUAGCUUACUGAAGUCAACUGGCUCUAGCUAUCACAAUUAAGUAGAAUGGUUUGGUUUGUUCUUAUUUUGAUUUAGGCUUGUCAUCAAUUAGUUCUUUCCACCAUUUCUCUAACUGCUACAAGACUCAAGCAAACUUGUAAUUAAAGCUCUUAGUUUCUUAAAUAUUGAUAGCAAUAUCUUUCUCUGGAACAGGUGUGCCUUUACUAUAAGCAAAUAAAAAGUGCACUCUAAGACUUUGGGUAAAAUAUUAGAUGCUUGGCAAAUACUCUUACUUUGUCUGUAAAAGGAGUGGAAGAAAGUAGUAGUAUUUACAGACUCUCCAAUACUCAGGUGUGAAUCUGCCCAGGCAACUCUGGCUGGCAAGUAUUCUCAGGUUUUUAUGGUUCUGACAUACAUCCUGAAGGUCUGGCACAGCAUAUACUGUGAAAACCUCACAGGACUGUUGGACAACAGGGACUGAAUGGGAACUAGCUCUGAAUUGUGUUCUUCGAUGUAGAAGCAGGUUUGUCUCUAAUUUGUUCAAAAUGUGGACAAACCGUCCCAGCUGAUCCCUUAAAAGCAGCUCACAAGUGAGAAUUUAGGCAAGGGAGUCCAGAAACUGAGUCUCAUUGUUUGCAACAAAUGUAAGAAAAUUUACACCAGAUUUAGAUUACUUUGAUGAAUCUUCAUGUCUGUGGAAUGGGGAAAAUGUUAUUGCUUGUAACAAGAGUAGAUUUUCCAGCAUCAUGGUAGAGGUAUUACCAAAAAUAAAUGUGUGGUGUUACGAUUUCA